AAAGAUUACAUAUACAUUUACUGGCGCCAAAACAGUAUAUUUCCCGCCACAAAUUAACUAAUCUGUCCAUCUUCCCUCCAAAACAACCCCCUCAAAUCCCUACAAAAGAAAAUCCUUCCCCAAACCCUCAAAAAGAAAACCAUAAAAAUGGGGAAAGAAAAGCGAUAUUGGCUUCUCAAAACCGAGCCAGGAGAGUGGUCAUGGGAUGAUCAAGCCUCCAAUGGAGGCAUAUCCAAUUGGGAUGGGGUAAAAAAUAAGCAAGCCCAGAAGAACCUCAAGGCCAUGAAACUCAAUGAUCUUUGCUUCUUCUACCACUCUGGGUCCAACGCGCGACGUGUUGUUGGUGUGGUUACUGUGGUGAGAGAAUGGUAUGAUGAAGGUGGCGAAGGAGUGGUGGAUGUCAAAGCAGUGGGGGAGAUGAGAAGGCCAUUGGAUUUGAAGGAAUUGAAGGGUGAUGAAGGGUUAAAGGGUUUUCAAUUGUUUAGGCAACCUAGGUUAUCAGUUGUGCCGGUUUCAAAGGAGGUUUGGGAGAGAGUUUGUGAGCUGGGAGGUGGGUUUGAAGGGGAUGGAAAGGAUGACGGUGGUGAUGAUGUUGAUGAGUAGGGGCGGCAGAUGGUGGAUUUUGGUUAUGUAAUUAAGUCUUAGAUGUGUGCUAUGUUUAGUUUUUGUUCAAGUAUGGCGCUAAUGUUAAACUGCUUGUUCCUAGAUAUCAGUAUCAUCUAAUUAGUCUUAGAUGUUUAAGGCUCUUUUUGGGGGAAAAAGAAAGAAAGAAAAGCAAGCAGUGCCUGUUCGUUGCCAUUCUCUUGACUUUUGGCAUUGUAUAUGUAAGUGCAGAAUAUAAAGGUACUUUUGUUUUAAUGUUUGGUAA